UCCCAUGCGUCCAAUAUCUCUCGUUCUAUCCUCCUCAGUCUACAAAGAGAAACAAAUCUCUCACUCUCUCUCUCCUUUACUUUACUCCUAAGAAAAAGAUGGGGAAGGCGCCGGAAGAAGAGCACCCAGUGAAGGCAUUCGGAUGGGCGGCCAGAGACGCUUCUGGAGUCCUCUCUCCAUUCAAGUUCUCUAGAAGGGUAACAGGAGAUGAGGAUGUGAGGUUCAAGAUUUUGUAUUGUGGGAUUUGUCACUCUGAUCUUCACAGUUUGAAGAAUGAAUGGGGAAAUUCCACUUACCCCCUUCUCCCCGGGCAUGAGGUUGUCGGAGUGGUGACCGAGGUUGGCAGCAAGGUACAGAAGUAUAAAGUUGGAGACAGAGUGGGGGUGGGUUGCAUGGUUGGAGCCUGUCACACAUGUGAAAACUGCGAGAACAACCUCGAAAACUACUGUCCCAAAAUGAUACUCACAUACAAUUCCGUGAAUUAUGAUGGAACCAAGACAUACGGAGGUUAUUCUGAUCACAUGAUAGCUAACGAGCGCUAUAUCGUUCGGAUUCCUGACAAUCUGCCUCUGGAUGCUGCUGCUCCCCUCCUCUGUGCUGGGAUCACGACUUACAGCCCACUGAGAUAUUAUGGGCUUGAUAAGCCUGGUACGAAAGUGGGUGUGGUGGGCCUAGGUGGGUUAGGCCAUGUGGCUGUUAAAUUUGCCAAGGCUUUUGGGGCUAUAGUGACCGUUAUAAGUACCUCCCCGAGCAAGAAGCAGGAAGCUAUUGAAGUACUUGGUGCCGAUUCGUUCAUAGUCAGCACUAAUCCAGACGAAAUGCAGGCUACUAUGGGUACUUUGGAUGGCAUCAUUGACACAGUAUCUGCAGUUCAUGCAUUGGUACCAUUGUUGUUUCUAUUGAAGUCUCAUGGAAAGAUCAUCAUGGUUGGUGCUCCAAAUAAGCCACUCGAGUUACCAGCCUUUCCUUUGCUUAUCGGGAGGAAGGCCAUCGCUGGAAGUUGCAUUGGUGGUAUGAAGGAGACGCAAGAGAUGAUCGAUUUUGCAGGAAAGCACAACAUAACUCCACUAAUUGAGGUCAUUCCGAUGGACUAUGUGAACACAGCUAUUGAACGUCUCGUCAAAGCUGAUGUUAAAUACCGAUUUGUCCUUGACGUUGGACACACACUUAAAGCUGCUUAGUCUUAGACUCCUAGUCCUAGGUUAUGCCUCCAAAGUAUGAUUUUGGUGUUGGUGUGACCUGGUCACAUGACUCACAUAUAAGUGUUAAAUUUAUGGUCUGAUCGCUUCCAGUUUUUGUGUUGUUUUGGCGUCAGGGUGUUGGUUUCAAAACAUUUAUAACCUUCUUAGUGAACUGUAUUGAAUAAAUGAACUAGUCGGGGAUCCGAUGGUUAUACAGGUUGCUCGGAAAGAGCUUGAAAUGUUUUUUGUCAAUUGAUGUGAGUGAAUUACCUCUA